AUGACUACUCAAGUGUUGGCCAAGAACCAAGUGUUGCCUCCUGCUAACGGCAAGAAGUUGUGGCGCGUGAAGCGCCAGGCGCUGGAGACUCAGGACCGCUCGGCGGAGUGCUUGAACAACUCGUUGAAGAUCCUGGCCGCCGGCGCCAAGUUCACCGUCAAGCGCCCCCCUGGGCGCAGACCCAAGAACAGACCGGGCAAGCCUAAGGACUUUGUCUUUGUCGACUUGUCGCCGAUCAAGAGCGCUGCUGCCGCCGCCGCCCCCAAAGCCGCGCCUCAGCCCGCCGUCGCCGAAGCGCAACUCGCCACCCCUCAAGUCGACGUCGCCCCCAUGGUGUCGCCUUUGGACUACCACCACCCCACCCUCAACUACGACCUCGGGGUGCAACAGCAGCCGUCGCUGGACGAAGAGUCGCUCUUCUCCCUCGGCUACGAAUUCCAGUCGCUGCUGCCGGUGUCGCAGGCGCUGACCACCGGCGACGACUUGAUGGGGUUGGGCAUCCAAUGGGAACAACAGCCCCAGGACACCUACCAGCAAUUGUUGGACGCGCAACAAACGAUGAUGGCGCAAUACCAACAGAUCCAGAUGUUGCAAGAACAGCUCAAGCAGCAACAGCAGCACCGCCGCCAGCUGGCGCCGCAACCGCGGGUGCUGAAGCCCGUGGGCCCGCGCCGGGUGUGCCUGGUGCCGGCGGUGCCUCUGCAGCCCACUUCGUACGAGUUGGAUGACUUUAUGGUGCUCAACGACCAGUUCGAAGGUCUCGACACCUCGUUUGACUUCCACUUUUAG